AUGCUUCGCUACAGUUACCGUUGCUUUCGUUCCAGAUCGAAUAUGGUUGUGAAAUCGAAGAAAGCCGUGACAGGACGUGGACGAGGUCGACCAGCAAAGGCAGUGAAAGACGAUGAAGUCAACGGAACAGAGAAGGCUGCCGUGGCAAAGCCAGUCAAAACCAUUGAAAAAGCAAGCUCGGGAAAGAAACGUGGACGCCCAGCUGGCACUGGCAAGAAGGCCGGAAAGAAGUCAAAAGCAACGCCGAAGAAGAAGAAAGCCAUGAGCGAAAGACGAGGAAAGUGA